AGAGGAUGACCGAUAUUCUUCCGAGUCCGAUUCACGACGUAUGAUCAGCCAUGUCAUCCUACAGCACAGGUGAUUCUGUGCCCAGCACUUUCGACCCCGGCAUCGUAGCAGCAUCUUUCUUCGCAAGUCUGACUGGAUGCCUCCUCACCAUCGAAAUCCUUCAUCGCCGAGGCACUGCCCUGGGCAAUUUCAGGAGCUGGGCCGAGACAGUGGCAUGCGCCACAUCCUUCGGACUAGUCGGUAUCUGGUGCAUGCACUUCACAGGCAAUCGCGCCAUCAUCCUCGGCGAAGGCGAUCCUGAGUACCAGCUGGUCUACAACUCAGGUUACACUGUGCUUUCCGUGUUUCUGCCCAUUAUCGGACUCACCAUUGCCUUCUCCGCUGCAGAGCUGCCUGCGAAACAGCAGAUCCUCCACUGGACAGCGCUGGUGCUCACAGGUACCUUCGCGGGCUUGAGCAUUGUCGGCAUGCACUAUCUCGGCAACUUCGGUGUGACCAACUACAAGCUGAACUACAGCCCUCGAUAUCUGGCCGCAUCCAUCGUCAUUGCCAUCGGCGACUGCCUCACAGUUCUUGCGUUAUUCUACAACCUGCGCGAGAAAUGGAUCAGCUCCUGGUGGAAGCGCGUACUGUGUGCGCUAGCAUUGGCUGGUGGAGUGUCUGCAAUGCACUUUACAGCCUCUACGAGCUGCAGGUACGAGUUUCUGCACAGCAAUAGCGUUUCUGAGAUUCGUUCGCGAGAUACGCAAGUGAUAGUUGCUGGUGCCAUCUGCGGUGCUGCUGCAAUCAUGUGCAUGGGUGUGCUGUUCAUCACACGUGCGCGAAACCGGAUACUGAAGAGCAGAUCCCAAAAAGUAAUGCUGGCCUGUGCAAUGUUCGACCCGGACGGGAAGAUACUGGUGACGACCGAAGGCGUGCUACCUGCCCGAGAGAUCACCGACAAGUACCAUCAUCGAACAUUUGACGAAGAUUUCGAUACGGCGCACGCGGUCUUCCAAUGGAUCUAUCGUGUGACGCACAACUGGGCGGGAGUGAGCGAGUUGGUGCCUCGCAUGAAAAGUCAUCUUGCAGCGGAGAAGGAAAGCACAACGGGAGAUGUUAAGGUUAUCAGCUCGCAUGCCAGCGCCAUCUACGACGCGGAAACUUACAGCAAUUACGAACUCAUAUUUUGCGAAAGAUUCUGCACCGCAGCGUCUUCACUUGCGACUUCGAUGGGGUUGCCGAUCGAGCAGCUUGGCGUGCUAUACGACAAAGUUAUCGAGACAGGGACGUUGCGAGUAGAGGCGAAAGAGAAGCGCUGUGCAUCCUCAGAAGACAAGACGUUGGCGGAAGUCGAGGCUGCGCUCCGUCUGAACCUUUUCGGCAAAGGUCAGCUCAUGUUCAUCACCCGCCAACUGACCCAGGAUGAGACAGACAAGCUGCUGAAUUCGGGCUACCGAUUUGCGGGAAGACAGCAAGUAAGCAGGAGCAUUGCGCAGGCUAUGCAGGUGCCGCAACCAGCUCUGGAAACCCAACUAGGAGACCUUUGGGGCUAUAUUGAGAAUCUGAUGAACACAGAAAAGAGUGGGACGUACUUAGCGUUCUUUGCCAUGGUCCCGAAACCGAACGGCAAAGGAUUUGACAUUGUGGUACGGAAGGAAAACCAGGAUCAGCUGCCGGAUGUGCCGCUACUUACUGGCAAAUCUAUGCAGUGGCAGGCUGCAUUUCUGGAAAAGAUGGAUGGCUUCCGUGUCCAACAGUGCAUCCAAUUCUGCGAACUUGGUGAUGGGCGGCAGGAGACUCGAUCUCCACAGGAACAACAGUUCGCGGUCAUGGUCAACCAGGCCAUAGUAUCCUUGACUCAGCAAUUUCCCCCCGAGUGGAAGAAUGAGGCCCGAUUCUGGGCGCAGCAGCUCAGUGCCCACUACUCACAUCGUCUUCGAAGAGGCUCGACCAUCACUACGCUGUACGCCUUCACCUGCAUUGGCGAUAUGCAUGCCUCUAUCGACAAGUCCGAAGCAUUAUGCCGCAUCCCCCGGACAUUUUUCGAUACUCGGCAUCGAUGUUACUCUGGCUCGCCGGAUCAUGCCGUCUUGAUGAAAGACAUACAUGCUGCCUUCAGCCCUCUCUUUUCACGGAAAGUGUCCAAGCCAGAACAUAGCAAACGCCGCCACGGCAGACUCUCCAUUGCCCUCAGCAACAGCCCCGUCAAACCGCUCAGGAAAAUGCGAAGCAAAUCUAUGCCCAUCGUGCCAGGUAAAACACCGCCUUCCAGAUGUAGUAGUGCUGCAGAAGGCCACACAAGUGAUGAGGACUCUUCUUCGAUGCAUGAGCUCGUCGACCGCCCAGCUCAUCUCGCCGGCUCGGGCUCUGCUCGAGCUAUUUCUGAUCGGCAGAGGACGAGGACGGGCAACUGGGGCGGGAUUCUCGUCAAUAGCGAGACUGUCGUCAAGACGGACAGUAAGAAUGAGUUCUCGCAGGAUGAGAAAUUCGAAGGAACUCGUGAUAUGGGAAUCAGAACUGCAGUGGGAACUGCGAAGCCCGAAACAACCUUUGUGGAUGAGUUGGUUACGGUGACGAAGGGACGAUUCUUACCUGCCUCAAGUCGGGGUUAUGUGUGAUGAAGAGACAUGACCUCUGGGCACUGUGGAUGUUUUGUGUUACUUUUUGCUUGACUCUUUCUUCUUCUACUCACCAUGUCGAAUACUGAGAGAUACCCUAUCGAAGCGAUGAUUUUGGUUGCUUCUCUUGGCACGGAGCAGAGGGACGGGUGGGCACGUGGG